AUGGCGGAGGAUAUCGACGUUGCUGGCCACUACGGCAUCCAGCAUGCCUUUCCGGACGUGUGGCCUGCUGAGCUCGACGAGAGUGACGCUUCAGAUACCGAGGACUUCGCUGCCGGCGGUGGCGCCAAACAGGAAAGACGCUCUGCACGAUACUCGGCUCUAGGUGGAACGGGCAGUAGGGGUCUGGCAGCAGGCUCAUAUCGAGCAGGGGGCGCCGGUGACAAUGUCGCCGUUAAAGACGAAUCGGAUCCCCUGGGGUCCUCUGACAGUGUGAUGUAUAUCCUCAAACAGCGACGUAUUCCCGUUGACGACGACCCGCGCUUGCGCAAUCGAUUCCUUCUGUCCUCGACUUCAUUUUCUCCCGCUUUGUUUUUGGCCCAGGCGCAUCAAGACGCCUCUACUAAAAGCCUACUUGAGGGUCUCGAGUUUCUGUCGCGUUCGAUUGAUAAAAAAUCGGCUUCUCUGAAGGUGCUUGUGGAGGCCAACUUUGAGCGUUUCGUGCGCGCAAAGGCGACAAUAGACAGCGUAUACACGGAAAUGAGAGACCAAGGAGCAAAUAAAAACAGGCCUCAGUCACAUCGUGCAAGCGGCCAAUAUCGCUACUCGCUCACUGGAGCUCCCCCACCAGCGCCAAGCGCUGCUUCGAAGAAGACUGCCCUUACCAAGGAGGCUGAAUACGGGGUGAAGGGGAUCCGGGCCCCCUUAGUUGAGGCAUCGGUCAAAGCGGAAGAGUUAUGGGGUCCUGCGUUGGGAGGUCGAGAUCGCGAGCAGAACCUAUAUGCGCUUGUAAAUGCCGUUGAAAGGAAUCGGGCAGUGUAUGAGACCGGCGGGAACAUUUCUAGAGCGAUCAAGCAACGGGACUUUCAAUCCAUAUUUGAUGAAUAUCGUCGAGCUAAGACUCUGAGAAAUGAAGCUAAACAACUAGUUGAUCGCGCAACAACAAGAGGCCGGCAAUUGACAGAUGAUGAAAGUCACACUGUGUUGGCCACUGGGCGAAUGUGGAUUGAUGUCGAACACCAAGUCGAAGCAUUUAAAAGAGACUUGUGGCACCGAUUGAGUGAUGUUAAUACUUCAUCGUCUCAUCUAACUGCAGCUGGACCGGUAGAGGAGCAUAUGGAGUUGAUUGGAGCGCUUCUGGAACUCGGUGUGGAGGAUAACCCUGUGUGGAUUUGGCUUCUGAGCCGUUACGACUUACUCAAAACGAAAAUUGUUACUUUUUGCGAACGAUCUAGCGUCGAGAUCGAGAUUCUCAGACGCCGACUUGCCGCGGGGGAGAAGCCUAAUAUCCAGGCCAUGGCAACUUUCCUGCGUGUAUCUCUACGCGAUGCGGAGCCGCUGGAAAGACUUGAUACGGAUUCAGUCAUUGAGCUGUGGGAAUGCAUCCAUACUUAUUUGACGAAAUUGCUAUCUAUGCAAACCGGCUUGCUGGGUGAAGUAGCUGAAUUUUGGGAAACAGCGCAGUCUUUUAUCAAUGGCAACAAACAAAAAAUGUUGCCCGCAGGGUUUGAAGGCGAGAGUCGCAAACACCAUCGUCUACCCAAUGAUGGUGUGAAGCAGCUACAAGAUGGCAUUAUCGAACUCGUCGAUUUGAUCCGAAAGAGCGUCCUUUCUUUAUUUGCAGAUCCUCCGAUUGAAGAUAUCUCUCUUCUGGCUUCGCCAAUUCCACCAAGCCCUGGCACGCCUGUUAUUCAUGUCACCCCUACUGAAUCUCGAUUUAAGCUCGACCCCAAGAACUUACCUCCAACUUCACCAAAACGUGGGGAAGCAUGGGAGGAAUUUGCAUUCUGGCCUCCAUACUCCAAUUCAUUGAGUAGCGUGCACUAUUUAAGCAGAUUCCUGAUCCUGAUUGGCACAGCCGCUAGUGAUAUGGCUGCAUUAUCUCCAAUAACCACAGGAAGCACUUCUUAUGACCGCCUGAAGAAUCUUGUUAGUAUAGCUCGUGAACGAUGUGUACGUGUUGCUUGCGCUGCUUGGAAUAAGGACGCCGAGAAUUGCAAAAUGCUCGAAGACUGGACCCGUGAUCCAGAAAAACGAGAACUCACAAGAAUGCCUGGAUUUUUAGUUUCCUUUGAAAGCAUGGUGCUGGCUGGGAUGCAGAAGAUUCUUUACAUUUCAGAAGCCAUGAGCAAGGCUGGCGCGGUUGACGUUGUUACGCCGCCCCCCGCCAAAUUAUUACAGAUGGUCCGGUCUCAGUUUGUGACUAGUGUCUACAAAGCUCUUAGUGGCCUUGUGGAAAAUGCUGAGCGACCGAUUAACAUAGGCGACGACGAUGAAUGGGGACUUGGCAGACCUACAGUACCGGUACGGAGUAUCGAUGCGGCAUCGACCAUCAUCACAACAGACAGUGUCGAUGCAAGGAAUAGGAACGUACGGAUGCUUCUUACUCUGUCAAACCUCAAGGCACUUCAAACAGAGUUUGUUCCUCAGCUGGUGUCCAACUUCGAGACGGCUUUCUCUGUUAAAUUGACAGAUGAAUCAAACACGAUUCGCGAUGUACUUGGUCAGAUUGAUGCUAGACUGUUUCAGUCGUACACAAACCCGACAAUCACGGCUUUGGAUGCUGUAAUCCAGGAAGGCAUCAAAGCACCAGACUGGGUUCCGGUCACAAACCGUCCGGAGCAGGUGAAGCCAUAUGUGUACACAACAAUGCUGACUUUGGUACUCGUACACACCGAGAUCUCUACAACCAUCCCAGUUCAGCCUGGAUCAUCAUCGGCAUCUUCUUCCUCAUUGUCGUCUUCAGCGAACCCCUUGCUAAGCGGCGUUCUUUGCCACCUCAUCACGAAGAUAUCGUCGUCACUCCUCUCAGCAUUUCAAUCCCGUGCUAAAUACACGCUGCCUGCACUCAUGCAAGCUACCUUGGACACUGAAUUCGUCGCGCAAACCAUGUCGCAGUAUGUGACAGAGGAGGCAUCUUCAAUACAGAGCCAAAUCUACCUAGAACUCGAUCGACGAACCAAUAACGAAGCGCGUACCAAGCUACAGGCCGAGCUGGGCGAGAUGCGGGGGAUUCUGAAGAAAUUGCGUGAGCGAACCAAAGGCGAGUUUGCAUGUUUUAGGAAAGUGAGGUCUGCCAAAGCAGCCGCGCAAUAG